AAGUCUCCUCAUUCUAUACGAGGCGUCAGUCUAUGUAUAAAGUCGGAAGAAGGAACGUGGAAUCCGCGAAACCCACUUAGAACCUCGUAUAUUGCUCAAACGGCGAUAGGAGCACGCGUCCACUCGCUCGAAUUCCACACGCAGGCCUAACCGUGCGGUACUUCCACUGACCAGCUCGCGAGUCCUCGUGAGAGUCAUCCUUGAACACGCGUUCCUGGUCGAGCCACUGCGCGGGUCUAUCCCGCCUUCAGGUUCGAGACAUCUCUUGUGUCCUUCGUUCCACGAAGAUCACCACGACCGAAGUCAUCCGCAACCGUCGACACACGGUGGCUUGCCCUAGAAGAAAAUAACGGAGACGUGUCAACCGAGGAAAACGAGAGAAGACCACUUGGUGGAAGAAGAUACUCACGAGGAAAGGCUGCGUUUUCUCGUCCUUCAGCGCGUUGUCCUAGGAUCCUUCGAACCGAGUAUCGAGUCGACAGCAACCCGCACGACAUCGAAAAUGGUGAAAUUAGUUGUGACGUUACUUGCGGUCUUCUGCAUCGUGAACUUCGUCGACAGCGCGGCUGUCAAAUCGGAGGAGUUUGCCGAGCAACUUCGUCGUAUCGUCCACGACGCCUAUCCAGACAGCCUGAGGAUCCAAAGGGCGACAGAAAGCGGAAGAGACAGUUCUAAACGCAACUGCUAUGACACCCCGUGCGGCUGGAAUGCUUAUAAUCCCCAAACUCGUCAGACCACGAUCUUUAUGCCAAACACGUGCAAGUGCCCAGACGAGACAUACAAAUGUGUCCGGACGGGGGAGAACGUGUCGAUGGGGGCUUACGUAUAUCACUGCCGCCAAAACGUAACAGCGACAUUAAACUAUGAUUCACCCUACGAUAUGGACUCGGAUUACCUCAGUUAAAACAUCGUCAAUGGCGACAUUGGCAACUAUAUCUCACACCGUCGAACGAACCGAUUCCUACUUACCUCCUGGUCUCGAGAACGGAGAUUACUCGCUCUUUAUUGGUCGGUAUUUCACUCGAAAUAUUUCCUCUUCCACCAUCUCCUCGCGCCAUUCGUUUACGGGAAAAAUGGCCAAUAACGAUGCAAA